AUGUUUAUUUAUUUUAUAUUCUUAAUCUUUUUUUUAUACUGAUUUUAACUUCUCAAUCUUCUGUUUAAUUUUAUUUUCAUAUUGUUUGCUUUAUUGCCAAUUUUGAAAUUUGCUGCUGAUUUUUUGAAAGAAGAUCUAAAAUAAAAGUAUUGUGUAUUGGAUGAAUGAUACAACAUUUUGUAAAUUUUAUUAAGAAGAGAAGAAACCAAAAUUUUUUUUAGUCUUAUUUAUAUUUUCAUUUUACCUUUUUUAUCCAAAUAUAGACUGCAUAAAAAAUUAGAGCAAAAUUCGUUACUGAAGAGAUUCUUCAAGAGCUUCAUAAGCCAUAAAACUAAAAUUUCGCUGUAUUGAAAAUUUCACGAAUGAGAAAAGUGAUUGAAUUAUAAAAUAUUGGGUCGGAAUAUACGCAGCCUAAAACAUUACGCAAAGUUCCAAUUGUCAAACGCGCAGUUUGAACUUACCGACGCCGCAAUCGUUUCUUGGUAGCACAAUAUUUGCAAUUUCCCCCAAUUUUCCCCAUUCCACGAUGGAUUUUCACAAUUCCAUAGCACAUCUGCAGAAGAUGCUGUACAAGGGCUUCGAGAGUGCGUCCGAGAGCGACAUCAAAUGGCUAAAUGGAGUUUCUGGGGAGUUUCUCAAGUUCUUCCGAGAUCUGCACAAGUUUAUGGUGUUUGACUGCGCUGGAGAGAAGAACAGCAGUGUCCUGGAGGAGAUUUUUCUGUGCAUUCGCCAGAUUACUGUGUGCAUCCGGAAUCUGGAGCGUGUUUUGUCCACGGAGAAGCGCGAACGGAUUGUGUUGACGCCCUCGCGGCAGCACUUCCUGGACAGAAUCUUAUGGUGUCUGGCGAGGAUUCGCAGUUCCGUGGCUUCAAUCACCGACAAUGUCGCGCUGCCGGACGCGAUUGAGGAUGCUAAUUUCGUGAUAUUCCUGGACACGGCGCUGGAUCUUCUGGAGCCACUGACAACCUAUGAAGAGGAUGAGCAGAAUGUGGCCGAGAGGAAUGCCGAAGCUCACGUGCGGAGCAAGGAGAUCCGUGCUGUCGUCGAUUCCCUGAUCAGCCAAACGCUGGCGUUCGUGAAUGUGGUGCUGGAGAAGGACAAGAAAGCCCUCACGGCGCACUGUCAGCGCGUGCUGAAGGAGUGCAUCGCCCUGGAGGAGGAAUGCGCCGUCGACUGUGCUGGAGAAACUGACCUGAAUCGUCGUUUCAAGGCGGAACUGUUGGAAGUGGCGCUGACUCAUCUGGAACAAGCAGUGAACAGCAGUCUUCUUCGCCUGGUCUGCCAGGUUUUCCAGCAAUUGGCGGGCAAUCCCGUCGAUCUGUUCAGAAAAGCCGUCCGAAUGGCGAAGCAGGAGGAAGAUGAGGAGCUUCUGGAGAAGGAAACGGAGAAGUUUGACUUGCUUCUGGACAGAAUUCUACAGAUUGGCAUCCUAGGCAUCGCCUUCUCCAGUGAUCAAGUGGCAAAGUCCAUCCUGAGGAGUUGCCUGGCCUCCUCAGAGUGCCUUGACUCUGCCCUGAUUCCCUCCAUCUUCAGCGAAUGCAGUCAUCACUCGCGACUCCUGGAAGUUCACUGGCGUGACGAGAUGAAGAUCUUCCAGCGCGAAGUACAGAAGAUUAUCGACACAGACGCCUUUUGCGUGUCAAUUGUGGACACUUUGAGCACUCUUCUUGAGGACUCUGGCCAGGCGAAUGAUCCCCAGAGUCUGGAAGCGGCCCUGAAGCAGGUGAAGGUUCUCCAAGCGCACCUGGAAGUGAACAAGGACGCGCUCCAAGUGGAGGAAAACCACAUCCAGACGAAGAAUCUCGCGGACUUCCACAAGAUGCUGGCCGAAUGCGACGCGGCGCUGGAAUUGCGACAAGCGGAGAAUAUUGAGAUCGCCAGGAUCGUGAAGAGAUUCCGGAUUCUCCUCGCCGUGCUGAAGAGAUUCCAGAGAGAGCUGGGAGGCGGCGUGUUUGAGUUCGAGGAGCCCAAAGUGAAGGAAGAGAGCGCCAAAGAGGACUUCUUUCAGAGCCUCGGCAUCAAUCCGCACGUUUCGGUGAUUCUGUACAAGACGAAGGCGCCCAAGACGGACUCGAUGGUGGCGCAGUUCUCGAAGUUGUCGCUGUGCAGGACAAACGUAUCCUCAAAGCAGCCCGCGCGCAGGAAUUUGAGCCUGAGGAAGGCAAUGUUCAGGAAAAAUGUAACAGCGAAUCAAGCAGAAUCGACUCUGAAUCUCAAUCUCACUCAAGUUCUGGAGGAUCUCACGUCCUUGUCGGACACCUUUGCGGAUGGCGGGCCAGAGAUUCAGGAGGUUGAUCACAAGAUCAGGAUCAAAGUGAGGAAUUAGAAGUGCAACAUCACUAAAGACUCUCAAAGAGUUCAAUUUGCAGAUAAAAGCUAGAAUAAAAGCUAGAUA